AUGAAACGCUACCUCAUCGCCGCAGCUGCGGUCGCCGCCGCCGCGAGUCCUCACCUCCACAAGCACCGUCACCUGCACGAUCUCAAUGAGCGCGAUCUUCCAACCGUAACCGACGCGGUCGCCACAGCCACCGUUUACGAGAUCACCGGUACUCAAAUCGCUAAAGAUGCUGCGUGCGCCGGCGUAGCCUCGGGCAAGUUCACGUGGAAGAAUCCAGCCGAUGCCGCCAUUUGUGCCGCUGCUGCGUCGAGUGCAGCUCCCACUGCCCCUGCUCCUCCGGCCUCCGCUAGCCCAUCUGCAAGUCCCGGCGCCGAAGCUGGCCAGUUCUACGGCGGCCCUGCUGGUGGCGGCCAUGGAGGCGCUGCUGGCUCUGGUGGCUCUGGCGGCUCUGGGUGGACCGACUCCGGUGCUACUGGCAUCGAUGCCGACUUCCCAGAUGGACAGCUUGAUUGUGGCACGUUCCCAUCGCAAUAUGGCGCCCUUCCUGUGAGCUACCUUGGGAUGAAUGGGUGGAUCGGCCUGCAGGAUGUCGGUAGUAACAAUGGUGGCCCCAUCCAUACCAUUCAUACGCUACUCUCUGGCGACAACUGUCGCGAGGGCGUCAUGUGCUCCUAUGCUUGCCCUGCCGGCUACACCAAGACUCAAUGGCCUCAGACGCAAGGUGCAACUGGCCAAUCUGUUGGCGGUCUUUCGUGCUCGGGAGGCAAGCUCAGGCUCACCAAUCCCGGUCUAUCAUCCAAGCUCUGUAUGGCUGGUCAGGGCGGUGUCCAGGCCCAGAACAAUGCCGGCCAAGUUGUGUCCAUCUGCCGUACGGACUACCCCGGUACCGAAGCCGAGACUGUCCCCGUCGCUCUUCAGCCCGGUCAGAGCCAGCCGCUCAACAACCCUAAUGCCGACACUGGCUAUAAGUGGCAGGGUAAGGACACCUCAGCUCAAUACUACCUCAACCCGAUCGGCGUUGGCCCCGAGAAGGCUUGCCAGUGGGGAGAUGGCAGCCAACCGAUUGGCAACUGGGCUCCAAUCAAUUUUGGGGUUGGCUACAAAGGAGGGAAGACAUGGCUGUCCAUCUUCCAGAACAAGCCUACCACUCUGCAGAAGUACCAAGGUCGCGUUGAGCUCAAGGGCGAUCUUUCCGACAAGUGCUACUACGAGAAUGGCAAAUUCUACGGCGCCACUGGCCCUAACGACGACGGUUGCACAGUCGCUGUCAAUUCUGGCACUGCAACCUACAUCAUCUCUUCAUAG